AUGGUACCUGUUUUAAUACUCUGGGCUACUCGUUAUCGCGAAGCAGAAGAUUUACUGGAGGAGUGGUCAUCAUUUGCCGAACAACCUUUGUCCGCCAUAUUGACAAGAUCUUUCCACGCCAUUUACAUCUAUAUUUUUUUGAACGAGACCGUUGAAACGUUUGAAAAGUGCAUGGACCAUAUUGAAAAAUUGACAAGUUUGAAAUUAUCCGAUCUCAUUACGCAUUCGCAGAAAGUUAUUUUGAAUCAUUUACUUUUUAAUUAUCACAGAGCUUCGGAAAAAGUUCUCACUGCCAUUAAAAAAGUCAUCGGUUUGUCGAUGGAAAAUGGAAAACAAGAAAUAGCUGAAAGUUUGGAACCUCGAUUUGUGGGAUAUUUAUUAUUCAUCGUUAGCAAAUUCGUUAAAGAAAUAAAUGCGGAUUCGGAAAAAGUUCAAGCCGUUCAUUCGUUAGGAUCUGUGAUCGAAUUGAUGGGUAAAAAAUACGUGACACCAGUGGCUAGAAAAGUUUUGGCAACGUUGCAAACCACUCUUGGCACAAUUCAUAAUCAAAAUUAUUUGGCGGUUCAAGUCAAUGCGUGGGAUAUUUUUAUUCAAACGAUUAAACCCAAAGAACUCGGUCCGUUACUUGCUACGAUUGUAAUUUCUUUACUACCUUUUUUGGAAUAUUUACCCACGGCCAUUUCGCGAAUAUUCCAUUAUUUAAUUGUGAAAAAUGAAGACGCCGUCAAAGACUUUCUACCCAGUUUAAUAUUUAUUCCGGAUCAUCCGCUAUUAAGUCAAGUCAAAGCAAAACUCAAAAAAUACAUUUCGUUCGAAAGUGAGACUUUAAGAGAUAAGUUGAUUCGUGAGAUUGGACUAGCAAUGCAUGAAACCGUUGGUGUUAGAAUCGAGGGUUUAAAGGCACUUCAAUUGACCGUUCGGAAAUUUCUGUCUGAAAUACAAAAUUUAAUCAUCGGGAGCGAUGAACCGGAUUCUUGUAUUAAAACUUUAUUGGAGUGUUUGGUGGUUAGUUGUAGUGACUCUGACGGUAAUAUUUCAAGUUUGGCAGCUUCGUGUUUAGGACAGUUGGGAGCUGUAGAUCCGGGUUUAUUACCGAGAAAACCCAAACCUAAAAAUUUAUUACCACUUUCUGUACACGAUUCCGAAUUUGCAUUUUUGGCUUUGACUGAAAUUACCCGAGGUUUUCAAAACGCGAGGAAUUCGGUGGACAUGGAUGCUUUUGCCAUUGCAAUUCAGGAGUUAUUAAAAUUAUAUCAAAUCGGUCCGAAUAGCGAAAAUGGUAUUUGGAAUCGUUUUCCUAAUCAAAUUCAAAAUUUAAUGACUCCGAUGCUGAGUUCGUGGUUUAAGGUACAAUCGCCGCAACGAGAUAAUUGGCCCGAGUUAGUUUUCGGAUCAAAAGGUGCUAAUACUCACAUAGGUUGGGCAAGUUUAUGGGCGAGUAAGCUAAUUAAUUAUUGCAAGGAUGAAAGAGCAGUUUUGUUAUUCAAAGCUUUACAAGCCAUAAUUCGUGAUUCUUCUGUUCACGAUAACAUAAUAAAAGAAAUCGAAGCGGUUAUAAAUUACACUCCGCAAAAUAUCGAAAAUGAUCGUUUUACUCAUCAAGCCAGGCCGAUCAGGUUAACAGAUUAUUGCGGGUAUCCCAACAUGAGGUCAACCAUUAGCGAAUCUGAGGCUAAAAAUUGCGCCAUGACAGUAUUUUUACUCAUAGAUUUUUUGCAAUCUUGGUUGAGAGUUUACAGAUCCGUUCUUUGCACGGCCAACGGUGAUCAUUUACAAAAGCGAGAUUAUAUUAUUGUCAACGAUUUUCUGGAAAAGGUCGAUUAUUUUAAAAUAUCCGUUGCCAAUUACGAAAUAGAAGAAUAUCCGCGCGCCAUCAUGUACCUCGAAGACGUCAUUUUAAAAACGGGAAAUUUAUCAGAGCAUUUACCACUAUUGUCAAAAGCUUAUGCCUUGUACGGGGAUUUGGACAGUGUUGCCGGUUCGACCACAUUUCAAAAAAGUGCACCGAAAAUCGACGAAUUGCUAUUGAGUCAUCAAGUUUCGGGACAAUUGGAAGAAGUGAGAGUAAUUUAUGAAAAACUCGGAAUGGACGGAAUACUGAUACCGAAUCACACUCAAGAGAUAAUACAGUGUUAUCUGAAAUUGGGAGAACCUUACACGGCCCUUAAUUAUAUUAAUUCAUUAACGAAAGACGAACCGGAAAUAAUGUCCGUUUUAUCGGAAGAAAUGACCGAGUGUUUAAUAAAAUUGGGCGACUAUUCGCAACUCGAUAAGUUUUUAAGCAGUAAUAAAUACGAACGUGAAUCUGAUUGGUUUUAUCAAGUCGGACGUUUGCUCGUGAGCGUCAAUAAGAAAGAAAAAGAAAAUGUUUUGGAUGUUUUAUUAAAUGCCAGAUUAAAAUUAUCAAAUUCGUUAAAGCAAGUCGGUUUGGAAUUUAGCGAUUAUCACCAAGGAUAUUUUUGUUUAAUAAAAUUGCAAAUAUUAAAUGAAAUUGAAAGAGUUUUCGAAGUCGUCACCGAUCAUCCAUUUUCCGAUAAUUCUAAAAUCAAAGAUUUGUUAGACGAAUGGAAUUUGAGAUUUAGCGUCGUUCAAUCCGAUCACAGUUCCAUGGAAUCCCUUUUGAGCAUGAGACGUGAAUUAUUGAGAAUAAUGAAAAAUUUACUGCCGAAAGAAAAUGAAAAAUUUUUAGAAACGGAAAUUGCUAAAAAUUGGGUUAAAAGUGCCGAAAUUGCGAGAAAUGCGGGUUGUUUUCAUCAAGCCUACAAUUUUAUACUCAAUGCCGAACAAUACAACAUUCCAUUGACGUUUAUUGAAAAAGCUCAACUUUAUUGGGAUAAAAACGAUCAAGAUUUAUGUUUGCACACGUUGCGAAGCGGACUAAAAGAAUUUUUUCCGAACGAAGCGGAAAUGAGAAAUUUGCCUCCGGGUGAAAAAUUGGAAGAAAGGAAAAUGUGCGCGGAAGCUAAAUUACUUUACGCGAUUUACAACGAAGAAACAUCGAAUUGCGAUCAUAAUACGAACAUGACCAAUUAUCAAAAUGCUUUUGAAGUUUGUAGACAUUUGGAAAAAACCGAGGCAUUUUUAGGACAGUGCAUGGAUCGCGUCGUUCAACACAUCGGUCACAGCGAACACGAACAGAAAAAAGUUUGCGAAUUGAAAGUAUUGAUGGUCCUCCAUUUUGGUAAAUCUUUAAUGUACGGAUGCGAAUACAUUUAUCAAACGGUGCCGAGAAUGUUGAGCAUUUGGUUGGAUUUAGGAGAAAAAAUCGAUUCGGAUGAAAAGUCUUUGGCUUUGCAAAAAAUCAACAAAAUAAUUCAGGGUUUCGUGGAUAAUUUACCCGCUUUCGUUUUCAUGACGGCGUUACCGCAAUUGCUUUCACGUUUAGGUCAUCCGAAUCGAAAAGUAUUUUUAUUAUUAAAAAACAUUUUAACCGUUCUUUUACGUUCGUUUCCUCAACAAUCUUUAUGGGCAAUACAAGCCGUUGCGAAGUCGUCGGUUUCUGAACGUGUUUUACGAUAUAACGAAUUCAUUCAGGAAGCUGCAUUGAGAUCCAACGAUUUACUCAAACUCAUCGGAGAUUUUACUAAUCUUUGCGAUAAAUUAAAUAAACUCACGAAUCGAAAUCUUUCUCAGGAAACUGCUUUUUGCGGAUUAAAAGUUUCAUCGAUUGUUCGAGAAUUACCUCAAUUGUUAUCGUCAGAAAAAUUUAGCGCCAUAAUUGUUCCCAUAACACGAUUUUGUUCGAUUUCUCUACCUAGAAACGUUUUAUCAUCGAGUCACGAACCUUUUCCAAAACAAGCUGUUUACAUCACAGGAAUAGAAGAAGAAGUAACCGUUUUACAAAGUUUACAAAGACCCCGGAAAAUUUCAUUUCGCGGAUCCGAUGGAAAAUUAUAUGAUAUUUUAUGCAAGCCAAAGGAUGAUCUCCGAAGAGACGGACGACUCAUGGAAUUUAAUAAUAUCGUUAACAUGUACCUGAGAAGAGAUCCUGAAUCUAGAUUGCGUAGACUUCACAUCAGAACUUAUGUUGUGACUCCUCUCGGUGAAAAUGGCGGUUUGCUGGAAUGGGUUCCCAACCUAACAGGUUUACGUCAGAUUCUAAUUAAGAUUUACAAACAAUUUGGAAAAUACGUUAAAACAAAAGAAAUAAAAAGAAACGAGUGUUUGGCAAGAGAUCCGUUGGAAAAAAAGAGGAAAAUUUUUACGGAAAAACUACUAGUUUUACAUCCGCCAUUAUUUCCCGAAUGGUUUCGUUUAACGUUUCCCGAUUCUUCUGGAUGGUACAUUGCGAGAGAGUCUUACGUUCGGACAACAGCUGUCAUGUCCAUGGUGGGUUACAUAUUAGGUUUGGGUGAUCGUCACGGGGAAAAUAUUUUGUUCGAUUCGGAAUCCGGGGAUACGGUUCACGUGGAUUUCAAUUGUUUAUUUAAUAAGGGUGAAAAGUUCGAAUGGAAAGAGAGAGUACCUUUUAGACUAACUCACAACAUGGUGGCAGCCAUGGGUCCAUUCGGAGUCGAAGGAACAUUUAGAAAAUCAUGCGAAAUAAGUUUGAGAGUGCUCAGAUCACAAAUAAAAACUCUCAUGUCCGUUUUAACUCCUUUUGCAUACGAUCCUUUCGGAAGCUGGGGAAAAAAUAAAGAAAUCGUGCAAAACGAAAGAGAUCAAAAAAUAGGAGAAGCGUUCAGCGAAUUAAGCGACAUUGAAAAAAGAUUAAACGGUUCAUUAAGAUCGAAACAAAAACAAGGUGAUGUUUAUCUAUCGGUCGAAGGUCAAGUAAGAUCUUUAAUCAUCGAAGCCACCGAUAUAGAUAAUUUGUGUCAAAUGUAUUUUGGUUGGGGAGCUUACUUGUGA